CAUCAAUCACAAAAGACAAACGACUGGCUAGUGGCCUGAAGGCGUAGCCCAAGAUGAUUCAAUUGAAGACGAUGCUUAAUUGCAUCGACAACUCUGGCGCUGCCGUUGUCGAAUGCGCCAAAGUUCUACGCAUGAAGAAGGCUGCCGGCAUUGGUGACCGUAUUGUCGUGGUUGUUCAAAAGCAGCGAUCUUUUGGUCCUGAGUCUGGACCUGGCUCUUCCGUUUCUAUCUCGGCUGCCAACAAGGUCCGACGAGGAGAUAUUCGACAUGCUGUCAUCGUCCGAACUGCCAAGCAGCACCAGAGACCAGACGGUAGCGUUGUCAAAUUUGACGACAAUGCCUGCGUGCUGAUCAACAAAUCUGGAGACCCCAUUGGAUCGAGAAUAAACGGUAUCGUUGGUGCUGAGCUGCGCAAUAAGAAGUGGUCCAAGAUCCUGUCUCUGGCACCCAUGCACCUGUAGACUAAACUUGCACGGAACGGAGUUAUUGAGGUUGGAUUUACUAUGUAUCAUAUUUUCUUAAACAUAGCCUACAAAUAGAGGCUUGGAUAUCUAAUGCGUUGUAAAAUCAAAAACGCUUUUAAUUUCAAAGAAUGCUCC